GCUUUGGCUAAUGUUUCAAACAGAUUAGACAGAGUUGAAAAUUGGUGAUAAAAACAACAAAAAUCUAGCAAUUUUUGUUAUUUGUACAACAGAUUUAAAUGGGAUUAUUCAAUGGAACAACUGCACUAAAACCAAACAGAGAAAAAUCGUAAGAAAAAAAAAAAUCCAAAAAUUAAAAAAACAGAGUUAAAAAUUUCAAUCGACUUGUGGAAAGAAACAUAUAUUUGGUAACAACAUUUAUUUUAUCAUAGCUUUACGGAUAUAUAUUUUUGGCAAACAGAUAGCAGAAACAGAGACAGAAGAGAAAGAGAGAGAGACAGAUAGUAGUAAUGGGCAAUGUACAGACAGAAAUGCAGUCGAAAAAGAGACAGAAGUUGGAUAAGAAUAGAAUCUACCGAUUCCUAGGCAUAAGUAUGGCCAAUGAGGGAGAUGGUUAUGAAAUGAAAGGCGAACGCUUCAAAAUUCAACGGAAUCCGGAACGAGAGUUACAAAUGGAAUCGUCAGCCACGAAUUCAGCGAUGAAGACCCGUUCCGUUGCGGUUGCACUACCAGCGUUGAGUUUACGGCCGGAGAGCUUGGGAAAUCCGGGAACAGUGGCAGAGUUGCAUCGUCGCUGUCACGACAUGUUGCCGCAAACAUUUGACGGAUUCCGGCUGAAUGUUAGCCGGCAUCUAAGCCAUAAUGUGGCAGUUGGACAUGCGCUGCAAUUGGGCCAGAAAUCGCAGUUGGCCAACUGUCAGUUCAAUGUCAGCUAUAUGGGCGAAACGUUGCACGAACUGAGCGGCGAGGCAUAUCCCAUGAUAAUUGCUGAAGUGGAUGCCAAGGGCAAUUUAAGCGGCACUUUAAUGCAUUUCAUAACGCCACGUUUGCGGGCCAAGUUGACGGCAACAGUGCUCGACUCGCAGCUGCAGAGUUCACGGCUAUUUCUUGAUUAUUUUGGCAAUAGCUGCACCUGCACGUGUGUGCUGAGCAACAUGAAUGUGCAACAGGAGAUGGGUGUGCUUGUGGCAUCCUAUUUGCAGCAGGUGACGCCACAAUUGGCCCUCGGCGUUGACUUCAUCUAUCAGCGCGAGGAUAUUGUGCCCGGCGGACAGGCGGCUUUACUUACCGCCGUGGCGCGCUAUCAUCAGGACAAUCGCCUCUGGUCGGCCAUGUUGAGUUUACAGGCAUUGGAAUUGUGCUACACGCAAAUCUAUGGCAAGUGCCUCGGUGCGAGUGUACAGCUGCGAGCGAAUAUAUUGAAACGUCAGGCGAUAUCACGCCUCUGCUAUCACUGCUAUAUACCCAAAAUGGAAUUCAGCUUUCGCGGUGGCAUCGAUACUCGCGGCGUUAUUAGCGCCGUCUGCGAAAGACGGCUCGAACCGUUGCCGGUACUCUUGCAGCUCAGCGGCAAGUUGAAUCAUCUAACCAAUCGCUUUCGUUUCGGCCUCGGUCUUGUCAUCGGCUAACACAACGACUGACCUUUGGGAAUGCGCAAGGAUUUAUGAAAGACCUGACUGGCGAUGCCCUCAAAGUAUAAUCAAUUGUUAAACUCUCUUUGUUGUUCUAAUAUAUAUUCCUGUUCAAGUAUUU